CCGGAGCCGGAGCGGGCAGAGCCGCGCCGAGCGCUCGCCGAGCCAGCGCAGCGCCCCGACCCGCCCGGCCCCGGCCGAGCCCAGCCCCGCCGCCGCGAUGCUGGACCCGUCGUCUAGCGAGGAGGAGUCGGAGGAGCUGGUGGAGGAGGAGAGCGGGAAGGAGCCGCUGGCGCCCGCCGCCGCCCGGCUCUCGCCCAGCCGCCCCGGCGAGGGCCCCGGCGGCGGUGCCGGGGGCGGCGGAGGCAGCGCGGGGCUGCAGCCCGGGGGGCGAGGCGGCGGCGCGGCUCGACCUGCCAGCCCCAGCCCCUCGGUGGCCAGCGAGAAGGAGAAGGACGAGCUGGAGCGGCUGCAGCGGGAGGAGGAGGAGAGGAAGAGGAAGCUGCAGCUCUACGUCUUCGUCAUGCGCUGCAUCGCCUACCCCUUCAACGCCAAGCAGCCCACCGACAUGGCCCGCCGGCAGCAGAAGAUAAGUAAGCAGCAGCUCCAGACAAUCAAAGAUCGUUUCCAGGCCUUUCUCAAUGGAGAAACCCAGAUUGUGGCAGAUGAAGCAUUUAUAAAUGCUGUCCAGAGCUACUACGAGGUAUUCUUGAAAAGCGACCGUGUUGCUAGGAUGGUGCAGAGCGGAGGGUGCUCAGCCAAUGACUCGCGGGAGGUCUUCAAGAAGCACAUUGAGAAGAGAGUGCGCAGCCUGCCAGAAAUUGAUGGCCUUAGCAAGGAGACGGUCCUGAGCUCUUGGAUGGCAAAGUUUGAUGCUAUUUACCGUGGGGAAGAGGAUCCCCGCAAGCAGCAGGCCAGGAUGACGGCGAGCGCUGCCUCGGAGCUUAUCCUCAGCAAGGAGCAGCUCUACGAGAUGUUCCAGAACAUUUUGGGGAUCAAGAAAUUUGAGCAUCAGCUUCUGUACAACGCGUGUCAGCUGGACAACCCAGAUGAGCAAGCGGCACAGAUCAGACGUGAGUUAGAUGGACGUCUUCAAAUGGCAGAGCAAAUUGCCAAGGAGCGCAAGUUUCCGAAGUUUGUGUCCAAAGAAAUGGAGAACAUGUACAUCGAGGAGCUGAAGUCGUCUGUCAAUCUUCUGAUGGCAAACUUAGAGAGCAUGCCCGUGUCUAAAGGGGGCUCUGAGUUCAAGCUGCAGAAGCUGAAACGCAGUCACAACACCUCCAUAAUUGACAUGGGAGAAGAAAAUGAGAACCAGCUUUCCAAGUCAGACGUCGUGUUGUCAUUCUCCCUAGAGGUUGUCAUCAUGGAGGUGCAGGGUCUGAAGUCACUGGCGCCCAACCGCAUCGUGUACUGCACUAUGGAAGUUGAAGGUGGCGAGAAACUGCAGACUGACCAGGCUGAAGCCUCAAAGCCAACCUGGGGCACCCAAGGAGACUUCACGACAACACACGCACUUCCUGCAGUGAAGGUGAAGCUGUUCACAGAGAGCACAGGCGUGCUGGCUCUGGAGGACAAAGAGCUUGGGAGGGUUGUUCUUCACCCUACUCCAAACAGCCCAAAGCAAUCAGAGUGGCAUAAAAUGACUGUUUCCAAAAACUGCCCUGAUCAAGACCUGAAGAUCAAGCUUGCUGUGCGAAUGGAUAAGCCUCAAAACAUGAAGCACUCUGGGUAUUUAUGGGCCAUUGGUAAAAACGUUUGGAAGAGAUGGAAGAAACGAUUCUUUGUCCUGGUCCAGGUUAGUCAGUAUACGUUUGCUAUGUGCAGCUACCGGGAGAAAAAAGCUGAACCUCAAGAGCUGCUGCAGCUUGACGGAUACACUGUGGACUACACGGACCCGCAGCCAGGUUUGGAGGGUGGCAGAGCAUUCUUCAACGCUGUGAAGGAAGGAGACACAGUGAUUUUUGCAAGUGACGAUGAGCAGGACCGUAUCCUGUGGGUACAAGCCAUGUACCGCGCCACCGGCCAGUCUCACAAACCUGUGCCACCUACUCAAGUGCAAAAGCUAAAUGCUAAAGGAGGAAAUGUACCCCAGCUAGAUGCCCCGAUCUCCCAAUUUUAUGCAGAUAGAGCUCAAAAGCAUGGCAUGGAUGAAUUUAUCUCUUCCAAUCCCUGUAACUUUGACCACGCUUCACUCUUUGAGAUGGUUCAGCGCCUCACUUUGGACCACAGACUUAAUGAUUCCUAUUCUUGUCUGGGCUGGUUUAGUCCUGGCCAGGUCUUUGUGCUAGAUGAGUAUUGUGCACGUAAUGGAGUGAGAGGCUGUCACAGACAUCUCUGCUACCUCAGAGAUUUGCUAGAGCGCGCAGAAAACGGAGCUAUGAUUGACCCCACCUUACUUCACUACAGCUUUGCCUUUUGUGCAUCACAUGUUCAUGGCAACAGCCAACUCAUGGCACAAUUACUUGGUGGGUCACAACAAAGUGCAGAAGGCGAGGGGGGCAAAGCGGCUCAUGCCCCUGCCGCUGAAGCGGAGACAAAAAGGGAUUCCAAAAAGGAGUCCAAAAAAAGGAAAGAUUCCAAAUCCCAGCCGAAUCCAGAGCCGAAAAGGCCUGACGGGAUAGGAACCGUGACCGUAGACGAGAAAGAACGUUUCGAAGAGAUCAAGGAGCGGCUUCGUUUGCUUCUGGAGAAUCAGAUCACGCAUUUUAGGUACUGCUUUCCGUUUGGCCGUCCAGAAGGUGCACUAAAAGCUACUCUGUCACUACUGGAAAGGGUUCUGAUGAAAGACAUAGUUACUCCGGUCCCUCAAGAGGAGGUAAAAACAGUCAUCCGUAAAUGCUUGGAGCAAGCAGCUCUAGUCAAUUAUACUCGACUAUCAGAGUAUGCCAAAAUUGAAGGGAAAAAGAGAGAAAUGUAUGAGCAUCCUGUCUUCUGCUUGGCCUCUCAAGUGAUGGAUUUAACCAUUCAGAAUCAAAAGGACGCAGCCCGUCCGUCCAAGCCUAAGCCACCGGCUGGGCCACCAUCAUCUCCUCAAACGCAGACUAACAUGAUAAAUCAUAUGCUCAAAGGCAUGGCCAAACAGCCGCCAAAAAAUGUAGGCCGGUUAGUCACACCAGCUAAAAAGUUAGAAGAUACAAUACGUCUGGCAGAGUUGGUAAUUGAAGUCCUCCAGCAGAACGAAGAACACCACGCGGAGGCCUUCGCUUGGUGGUCAGACUUAAUGGUUGAGCAUGCGGAGACCUUCCUGUCACUGUUUGCAGUGGAUAUGGAUGCUGCGUUAGAGGUGCAACCCCCAGACACCUGGGACAGCUUUCCGCUCUUUCAACUUCUAAACGAUUUCCUCCGUAGUGACUAUAAUUUGUGCAAUGGAAAAUUCCACAAACACCUCCAAGACCUGUUUGCUCCACUUGUUGUUAGAUAUGUCGAUCUGAUGGAGUCCUCAAUUGCACAGUCAAUUCACAGGGGCUUUGAGCGGGAGUCAUGGGAGCCAGUAAAGAGUUUAACAAGUAAUCUGCCCAAUGUGAAUCUACCAAAUGUGAAUCUCCCUAAAGUACCAAAUCUACCAGUUAACAUCCCACUAGGCAUCCCACAAAUGCCUAGCUUUUCUGCACCGUCAUGGAUGGCUGCUAUUUAUGAUUCUGACAAUGGAUCAGGCACCUCAGAAGAUCUGUUCUGGAAACUUGAUGCCCUACAGACCUUCAUUCGGGAUUUGCAUUGGCCUGAGGAGGAGUUUGGAAAGCACUUAGAGCAACGCUUGAAGCUUAUGGCGAGUGAUAUGAUUGAGUCCUGUGUGAAGAGAACCAGGAUUGCAUUUGAAGUAAAGCUGCAAAAAACCAGCCGAUCAACAGAUUUCCGAGUCCCUCAAUCAAUAUGCACCAUGUUUAAUGUCAUGGUGGAUGCCAAAGCUCAGUCAACAAAGCUUUGCAGUAUGGAAAUGGGCCAAGAGUUUGCUAAAGAGUGGCACCAGUACCAUUCAAAAAUAGAUGAACUAAUUGAGGAAACCGUCAAAGAAAUGAUAACACUCCUAGUGGCAAAGUUUGUCACCAUUCUGGAAGGAGUCUUGGCCAAACUGUCUAGAUACGAUGAAGGAACUUUGUUUUCUUCUUUCCUGUCAUUUACUGUGAAGGCUGCUUCCAAAUACGUGGAUGUACCCAAGCCGGGGAUGGAUGUUGCUGAUGCCUAUGUGACAUUUGUCCGCCACUCUCAGGAUGUCCUGCGUGAUAAGGUCAAUGAGGAGAUGUAUAUAGAAAGGUUAUUUGAUCAAUGGUACACCAGCUCGAUGAAUGUUGUCUGCACCUGGCUGACAGACCGCAUGGACCUGCAGCUUCACAUUUACCAGCUGAAAACCCUCAUUAGGAUAGUAAAGAAAACGUACCGGGAUUUCCGAUUGCAAGGCGUGCUGGACUCCACCUUAAACAGCAAAACCUACGAGACCAUCCGGAACCGGCUGACGGUAGAGGAGGCGACAGCGUCGGUCAGCGAGGGCGGAGGGCUCCAGGGGAUCACCAUGAAGGACAGCGAUGAGGAAGACGAAGAGGAUGACUAGGGAAGCUGGGGGUGGCCUGGUGUCCGUGCAUGUACUUCGUCUGUAACUCAGUUAGCCACAUUAGGAAUUUUUAUGUCAGCUCUAAAUGCCCAUGAGAAGUUUACCAAUACAAAUGCCAUGUUAGCUGUGUGGUAAUAAGAUUAGCACCUCUCUUUGAUUCAUCGGUUUCCUAAUUUCAUAUCUAUAUGUUCAUAAGCAAUAUGGAGCACCAUUGUUUACUACUGUUAAUGGAAAAACUACAUAGAAAACAUGCUAGGUGUGUCCCUGUUAAAGUUUAAACAAUGCUUCAUUAAUGUACUGUAUAUACAUUGAUGGUAAAUUGUUGUGAAGAUGAGUGAAUCGAGUCCUUUCAUUUCUUUGUUUCUCUUCUGUGGAUGCCAACUGCUUAAAAUUAAUAAAAAAACACAGCUUUGUUUUUAAAAGAAGAAUGAGGCAAUUACAAAUGAUUUUUUUUUGUUCUCUCUGUUCAUUUAAAAACCAGAAAACAAACAAACCCAGACAGCUGUUUGAAUCAUUCUGCAUCCUUGUUAGCGUACCAGGCUCUUCCCUUCAAUAUGCAGUUAACUCCAUAGAGGCUACAUCCCAAAGGAUUAGUCAUUCUAAUUGCCACACCAGAUUAAUCCUAUCAUUAUGGAUAUAUCAUGCCACAUUACCAGUCCAAAGCAGUUGUUUUAUGUUGACGUUUGCUCCUCUAAAUGUUACAUUUUUGUUUAAAUCUCAAAUAACCGUGUAUGUACAAAGACAACUUUAAUUACAAUCUUAGACUAUACAAAUGUGUUUAUAAUAAUAUAUUGAAUAUUUAUUUCAGUAGAUUGUAACCAUAAUUUACAACUCCUCUGUUUCACAAUGGGUUUUAUAUAUGUCAUGUACAUUGCAUUUUGACCAGUAACUGCAUGUCCAUCAGCCCCCCCUCCAGAGCUUUUACUUUCUGUGUAAAAUAGUGAUCCAUCUUGCUUUUUUUGCCUUAUACAAGCCGACAGUUGUAAAAGUGUGAGAACUGUGGCUUCUCAAUAAAUAACUAUUCAGAUGUCCUAAGAAUAAAUUAUGGAGUCUUUUUAUGUCUGCCUUAGGAAAAAAAAAAAAAUUACCAGCUGAGAUGUAAGAGCCCCCACCUCUCAGAAUAAAGGCAUUUUCUUUUC